AUGGAAAACACAUAUUUAAUCAAUCUACCUACCGAAAUACUUCAUCAUAUAUUUGAUUAUUGUGAUAUCGAAACGAUUCUACUUACACUUGGUCGUGUUUGCAAAAGACUUCGUACUAUUGUUUAUCGAUAUAAUCGGUUUCAUCUUAACUUUACUGAGAGAAAUAUAACGUCUGUGGAACAUCUACUUCGUAUUGUGCCAAACCAUUCUAUCAUUUCUUUGCAUAUGGACUUGAUGGAAAGAUGGUAUGAGACAUUUAAUAGCUUGGUUCAUAAAUAUAAGACUCGAUUUACACGACUUCGAUAUUUGGGAAUUCCUGAAGUGAAAGACGAAUAUUCGAAAAAUCUUUUCACGAAUGAAAAUUCCAUAGAACUGAUCUCACUCAAAAUCGAUUUCAUCAAUAGACCAAAUUACGCAAUAUUUUCUAUGCUUUCAUCAAUGUUAACGAGAUUAAAUGUUCAAAAAUUGUACUGUAAAUGGUUAGAAUACAAUGCUGAAAAUAUGUCAUGGCCUAUUCCAUGCAAAUUAACGUAUUUGAAAUUGAGAAAAUGUCUUUAUAGUGAAUAUCGUUUUCUUCUUCAUCAAUUACCUUGUCUAAAAAUACUCGAACUGGAGGAAUGUAUUAUGAACACUGAACAAAUGUGUACACCAUCAUCUAACAUCUCAUUCAUUUCACCAUUAACAUGUUUGAUCAUUACUGAGUGUUCAGUGCCGAUAGAAUGCCUUAGAUCAUUAAUUUUAGCAACACCUAAACUUCGUCAUCUUAAGUUACGUUAUUGGAAAAAGAUAUUCAACUCGGUUGUUGAUCUUUAUGAUUGGGAAAAAUUUAUCCGCACUGAAUUGAAUUUCCUUGACACAUGUGAAUUUUUAGUCUCCUACAAAAUUGCACCAGAUGAUAAAAUUAAGCUUCAAUCAAUUCUUGAUCCAUUUCUAGAACCAUUUUGGGUGAAUGAAAAACGUUGGUUUAUUGGUUGUGAAUAUGUCUUCGGACGUUCAACUAUUUUACUUUAUACAAUACCAAUAAGUUUUCAUUUUUACCAUUGUGGAGGCGUGUGUUAUGCAAUCUCAGCUAAAAACAAUAACUAUCAUUCAAUUCAACGAUUAUCUAAUCACAAGUUCACUAAUACACUCAUCAAAUUAGAUAUCUCUCACGGGUACGUCCAUGAAGAAGAUAUACAAUAUCUCGUCCCUGUGUUGGAAAAUAAUCAUCCAAUUGUCAUGAUGUAUUUAAACAGAAAUUGGAUAAAAAAUGUUAGUGUACAACGUAUUAUUGAUGCAUUACAAAAUAAUACCACACUCACUAUACUGAAUAUUGGAUGUAACGGAUUAGGAGACAACGGAUUGUGUUCGUUGUCCGAAGGGCUACAAAAGAAUAUGACACUGGAAGAGCUUUAUCUUUGUAACAUCGGGAUUGGAGAUGCCGGCGUAAAGUCGUUAGCACAAGUGUUACAAAACAAAAUCAAUGGACUCAAGAUUAUUAGUCUUGCAAGUAACGCAAUUGGAGAUGAUGGUGCACGAGAUCUCGCUUUAGCAUUGCGACACAAUAAAACUCUGGCAAAGCUCGAUCUCACUCGCAAUGAAAUUGGUAUUCCUGGGGCACAAUAUUUCUUUGAAUCUUUACAAUCGUCUCCAGUCAAAGUAUCCUUAGAGGAAAAUAGAGAUUCUUGUCAUUUAGUUGUUAAAGCGGUGAGCAGAAUAAAAAAUGAUCAGUCAUUAACGAAAUUCUCGUUGAACAAAAUUCAUUUUAACCAUGUGGCCGCCGAAUAUAUUGCUGAUGCUUUACAGAAAAAUACAACAAUCGAAGAACUCGAUCUACGUUAUAAUAGUAUUAUUACACCAGAAAUAAUCCAUCUCGCUAAUAUUUUACGGGAAAAUACAGUGCUGAUCACAUUGAAUCUUAGUAAUAGCUGGCUCGACGCAGUUAGUGUUCAAUACCUUGUGCAAGCCUUGAAACACAAUACUACACUGCGUACGUUGAAUCUAAGUUAUAAUUAUAUCGGAUGUGAUGGAGUUGCCUAUUUAACUGAACUGUUAAAAACCAACAAAACGCUCACUACCUUAGAUAUAUCGAAGAACCAACUAGAGAAGUACGACAUACAAUCGCUGUGCAUAGCACUCCAGAUAAACCUGACGAUUUCUGAAAUAUUUUGCUAUGGAAAUGCAACUUCUCUAAAGAGCACACGAUAUAUUCAUAAUCGGUUAUGUGCAAAUACCACAUUCAAAGCACUACAUCUAAAUGCCAAUCACCCUGAUAAACCUGAAAUAAGAAUACUCGUGGAUGGAUUAGAAAGCAACACGACUAUAAAAACAUUUGAUUCAGACAAAGUUUCCAGAACAAGACACACAUAUUAUGUGAAAGUGAUUGAAUCACAAACUCAUCGAACACUCUUCACGUUAGCAAUGACAUGGGUGCCAAUCGCUGAAACGACGACUGAAUAUUUUUUUUCUACCAUUGCUAAUCAUCCAACACUUACCACAUUGAAUAUGAGACAGAAUCAAUCAUCGGACGCUGAUUUAGAUCAUUUUGGUGAUAUUGUAAGGAAUAACAUGAGAUUGACGACAUUGUGCAUAAGAAAAAAUGUCAUUGGUAAUCAUGGCGCACAGAAUCUGGCUUCUGGAUUACGAGAUAACAGGACACUCAAAACGUUGAUUCUAUCCUCUGCUCGAAUCGGAGUAGCUGGUGCAAAGAGUCUUGCCGAUGCUAUACAAGAUAAUACAACGCUAACUACAUUCGUCGUGAAACACGAUCAAAUUGGAGUUCAAGGCACUGAAUAUCUUGCAAAUAUGUUGAAAGUCAACAAAACACUAGUAGACAUUGAUUUGACAGAUAACCAGAUUAGUGAUGAUGGGGCACAACUGAUGGCUGAUGUACUACUUCAGACAGAGACACUUUCGAAACUAAAUCUUUGCAGGAAUGACAUUAGAGUUCGUGGAGCAAAGUCUAUUGCCAAUGCAUUACAGAACAACACAACACUUAUUGUGUUGGAUCUAACUAGAAAUACAAUCUUGAGAGAAGGAGCACACUAUCUUGCCAAUGCACUGGAAAUGAACAAGACACUGAAAGAAAUGUAUGUUUCUUGUAAUCAAAUUGGAGAUGGUGGCGUAGAAUAUUUCAGAGUAUCGUUAGAGAAAAACAUCACACUUACCAAAUUACAUAUAGGAUCGAAUGAUAUUACUAAUACAAUGCAUAAAGAGAAGCUUUAUUCUAAUAAUCUACGAGAUUUGAUGAAUAACGGAUUUAUUUGA